AUGACACCGUUUGCAGUUGUGCCAGGGUCAGUUGGGUUAGGGGCUUCCUGCUGCGGCUGGGAAGUGGGAGGAGGAGAAAGACGCGCGGGGAGGUGCUGCCACCGCGCGCCCCUUGACGUCACCGCUCCUCGCGCGCCCCCGCCCGGGCCGAGGUGGGGGUGGAGGGGAGGGGGCGGCCCCGGCGCGAGCGCGUCCCCCGGGCCCGACGGCCUUGCGGCUGCGGCGGGGAGGGGCCACAGGCCGCGGCGGCGGACGGAGGGGGAGGGCCUGGCGGAGCCCUCGGAGCCAGCCUCGAAGGCGCGGGACGGAGCGCGCCCGCCUCGCCAGGGCGCCCGGCUGGGGGCGUCCCUGGCCCCGGCCCGCGGGCGCGCGGAGAUGGCCCGCUGGUUCCCCUCUCUUCCCCAGAGCCCCUCCGCACUACCCCUGGCUAAAGGCUGCCCGGCCGAGGCUCCGAGAGCAAAGGGAAGUUGCAUAGUUCACCUGUAGCCAACUUGACAGCAUAAUUUUUAGGAGUCAAGAAUCGACAUUGGGUUAUUUCUUAAGAUUGAGCCUUGAAAGUCCACUUGGAUGUGACGCAGCUCUGUGCACACUUGCACAUGAAAAUGAUCUUCCAUCAAGGAGCUCUCCCUCUUCAGCUAAAUCAACAGCAGUCGUUCGAAGAAGAAGGGACCCCCUAUCUGACCAAACUCAGCCAGACUAAUCAAAUAAGUCUUUGUGAGCAAGGAGUAAAGCUGCACUAGGGUGGCCCCAUCACACCUUUCUUGAGCAGCUCCCUCUAAGAUUGCCACCUACAUGCAGGUCCUACCCUGUACGAAGGAUGGAUGGAAGAUUCUUGUGAACAGAUUAGGUUUAUUGUAAAAGAUGAAAUAUUUGACCAAAAUGGAAGUUAAUUUCAUGGAUAAAGUUCAAAAUAUUACUGUGGAUAUGAAUUAUGUUUGUAUGUAUUUAUAUAUGUAUGUAUAUAUAGUUAUGUGGUUACAUGUUUCUAUGUAUCAGAAAUUAGCACAACUUAAACUUAGUAAAUGUUGAAAAUAAAACUAUUUUGGAUGUUGGAA